CGCCCCUCCUCCCGCUCCCCCCGCCCGCCGCUGUCCGGGCGCAUGCGCCGCCGGAGCGCGAGGGUCGGCUUCGGGUGUGUGGUGGCGGCAGAGCUGAGCUGCGAGGCCCGAGAGUCAGAACCUGGGGGAGAGGGAUGGUCUCUGCACUGGGGGGAGCCGGAGGAGCCGCCGCCGCUGCCGACGCCACCGCCGCAGCCGCCGCCGCCGCCGCCCCGGCGCCCGCCUCCCGGCGCUGACGGUCUCGUACGAAGCCGGCGAGGGGGAGCCAGCAGCGGCGGUCGCCGGCACGCCGCCCAGCAUGGUCCGGGAAACCAGGCACCUCUGGGUGGGCAACUUACCCGAGAACGUGCGGGAAGAGAAGAUCAUCGAGCAUUUCAAACGAUAUGGCCGUGUGGAAAGUGUCAAAAUUCUCCCCAAGAGGGGCUCUGAAGGAGGAGUGGCUGCCUUUGUGGAUUUUGUGGACAUCAAAAGUGCACAGAAAGCUCAUAACUCAGUCAACAAAAUGGGAGAUAGAGACCUACGCACGGAUUAUAAUGAACCAGGCACCAUCCCGAGUGCUGCUCGGGGAUUGGAUGAUACAGUUUCCAUAGCAUCUCGUAGUAGAGAGGUUUCUGGGUUCAGAGGAGGUGGUGGAGGGCCUGCUUAUGGUCCCCCACCGUCACUUCAUGCACGAGAAGGACGUUAUGAGCGGAGACUUGAUGGGUAAGUUCCAAGGUUUCUGUAGGCAGGUAUUUUGUAUUUGAUAUGGUGAGAAACAGAAACUCAUAUUUAGGGGCCCCAGACGGAUUUAAAGUUUUGGGCAUUCUCAAUGUUUCCUAUUUUGGGUUGGAAACGGAAGUGAUUUCUAUCCCAAUGGCUGUUAUCUUAUGGAAUCGUAGAGGAUAUUUCCUGCAGCUGAUUGGAUAUCUGUUCCUGAGAUAUAAAGUGGUGGAAGAUUUCCUGUGGAAGCAUCAUUUUUGGAGUUACCUGUCUUCUAGAAUUAAUUAUUCCUUCUCUUGGAUAAUGUUAAGUCUUUCCUUGGAUAUAUCCCUUCUACCUGAUGGAGCUAUUUGGCUUUUGUGUUCGUACUAUAUGGAAUAUUUCUGGAAUAUAAGAGCCUACAGAUUCUUUUAGAAGUUGAUAUCUGCCUCUCCAUUUUCACUGCAUAAAGUGUACAAACAAAUUGGAUUGUCACAGAGAGUCUAGCAGACCGUAAUGAUUCAACCACUUGGAUUCUACAAACAAUUCUUUAACAUGGAAAUGUGUACUUGGAUGAAGAGAGAAGGCAAUGCUUGAUUUUUCCAUUUUGGAUCUACACAAUCUCUGUAUUGUUGGAAUUAUACUCCUUGAUGGAAUGGGGGAAAAAUGAAAUGAUGGACGUUUCCUAAAUCCUGGAAUAUAGCGAUUCUUUUCUAAUUGCUGGGAUAUAUGGGAUGUCAUGCUGUCAAGACUCCACUAGCCCAGGGAAAGAGGAUUACUAUAUCAUUUCUUAAGCAAGUUGCUGUCCAAUCAAAGGUACUUUAGCUUUGAACACAUGGUGAUGAUCAGUUGUGGAUACAGCAGUCAAAAUUAACUGGGCUGGAUGGCUACAAAAGUGAACUCUUGGCGAGCUACUGUGCUUCCUCAUUUGUUGGAAUUGUAGAGGAUAUUUCCUCUUCUGCCAGCUGCCUGAUUCACACUUAGGGCUGGAAAUAUUUAUGAAUGUGGAUAAAUUUCUAAUUGUCUACUCUCUCAAGAAAGAAGUCUGGGGGUUUGAGAGUUACAGUUUGUUUGGGACUACUUGCUUCCAGUGGAAUUAUUUUGUCUGGUCACUAAGAUUUUUUUUUCUUGUGGUUCAUCUAAAUAUCAUUUGACACCCUUGCCCAUUAAGAAGGUGGAUUACCCCCAUAAGAGGGGCCAAAAUUGGGGAAGUUAUGUUCACAAUUCUCUCCCUAGAUUUAAUUGGGAUUAUAGGUCGUGUUUCCACACUUGGAAAAGGGCUUCAGAUAACAGGGAGCGUGCUUAUGAACAUAGUGCCUAUGGACACCAUGAACGGGGGACGGGAGGAUUUGAUCGGACAAGACAUUACGAUCAGGAUUACUAUAGAGAUCCUCGAGAGCGGACUUUACAACAUGGGCUCUAUUAUGCUUCUCGGAGUCGAAGUCCAAAUCGCUUUGAUGCUCAUGACCCCCGAUAUGAACCUAGGGCUCGGGAGCAGUUUACUCUGCCCAGUGUGGUACACAGGGAUAUCUACAGGGAUGAUAUUACCCGGGAGGUACGAGGCAGAAGGCCAGAUCGGAAUUACCAGCACAGCAGGAGUCGGUCACCACAUUCAUCCCAGUCUAGAAAUCAGUCUCCUCAGAGACUGGCUAGCCAAGCGUCUAGACCCACAAGGUCCCCUAGCGGCAGCGGCUCUAGAAGUAGAUCCUCCAGUAGUGAUUCAAUCAGCAGCAGCAGUAGUACCAGCAGUGACAGCAGUGAUUCCAGCAGUAGCUCAAGUGAUGAUUCUCCAGCUCGAUCAGUUCAGUCUGCAGCAGUCCCAGCACCCACUUCCCAGUUGCUUUCAUCUCUGGAAAAAGAUGAGCCCCGUAAAAGUUUUGGGAUCAAGGUCCAGAAUCUUCCAGUACGCUCUACAGAUACAAGCCUUAAAGAUGGCCUUUUCCAUGAAUUUAAGAAAUUUGGAAAAGUAACUUCAGUGCAGAUACAUGGAGCUUCAGAAGAAAGGUAUGGUCUGGUAUUCUUUCGACAGCAAGAGGACCAAGAAAAAGCAUUGACUGCAUCAAAAGGAAAACUUUUCUUUGGCAUGCAGAUUGAAGUAACAGCAUGGAUAGGGCCAGAAACAGAAAGUGAAAAUGAAUUUCGCCCCUUGGAUGAAAGGAUAGAUGAAUUUCACCCCAAAGCAACAAGAACUCUCUUUAUUGGCAACCUUGAAAAAACCACCACUUACCAUGACCUUCGCAACAUCUUCCAGCGCUUUGGAGAAAUUGUGGAUAUUGAUAUUAAGAAAGUGAAUGGAGUUCCUCAGUAUGCGUUCCUGCAAUACUGUGAUAUUGCUAGUGUUUGUAAAGCUAUUAAGAAGAUGGAUGGGGAAUAUCUUGGAAAUAAUCGCCUCAAGCUGGGUUUUGGAAAGAGCAUGCCUACAAACUGCGUGUGGCUAGAUGGGCUUUCUUCGAAUGUGUCGGAUCAGUAUUUAACACGACAUUUCUGCCGAUAUGGGCCUGUGGUAAAGGUGGUGUUUGACCGCUUAAAAGGCAUGGCCCUGGUUCUCUACAAUGAAAUUGAAUAUGCACAAGCAGCUGUAAAAGAGACCAAAGGGAGGAAAAUCGGUGGGAAUAAAAUUAAGGUGGAUUUUGCAAAUCGGGAAAGUCAGCUGGCUUUUUAUCACUGCAUGGAGAAAUCUGGUCAAGAUAUCAGAGACUUUUAUGAAAUGUUAGCUGAAAGAAGAGAGGAACGAAGGGCAUCCUAUGACUAUAACCAAGAUCGUACAUAUUAUGAGAGUGUUCGGACUCCAGGCACUUACCCUGAGGAUUCCAGGCGGGACUAUCCGGCUCGAGGGAGAGAGUUUUAUUCAGAUUGGGAAACUUACCAAGGAGACUACUAUGAAUCACGAUACUACGACGAUCCUCGGGAAUACAGGGAUUAUAGGAAUGAUCCUUAUGAACAAGAUAUUCGGGAAUAUAGUUACAGGCAAAGGGAACGAGAAAGAGAACGUGAAAGAUUUGAGUCUGACCGGGACAGAGACCAUGAGAGGAGGCCAAUUGAACGAAGUCAAAGUCCAGUUCACUUACGACGUCCACAGAGUCCUGGAGCGUCUCCCUCUCAGGCAGAGAGGUUGCCCAGUGACUCUGAAAGGAGGCUUUACAGCCGAUCCUCAGACCGGAGUGGAAGCUGUAGCUCACUCUCCCCUCCAAGAUAUGAGAAACUUGACAAAUCUCGUUUGGAGCGCUAUACAAAAAAUGAAAAGACAGAUAAAGAACGAACUUUUGAUCCCGAGAGAGUGGAGAGAGAGAGACGCUUAAUACGGAAGGAAAAAGUGGAAAAGGACAAAACUGACAGGCAAAAGCGCAAAGGAAAGGUUCACUCCCCUAGUUCUCAGUCUUCAGAAACUGACCAAGAAAAUGAGAGAGAACAAAGCCCUGAAAAGCCAAGGAGUUCUAAUAAACUGAGCAGAGAGAAAACUGACAAAGAAGGAAUAGCGAAAAACCGCCUAGAACUCAUGCCUUGCGUGGUUUUGACUAGAGUAAGAGAGAAAGAGGGAAAGGUCAUUGACCACACUCCUGUGGAAAAGCUGAAAGCCAAGCUUGAUAAUGACGCUGUGAAGUCUGCCUUGGACCAGAAACUUCAGGUCUCUCAGACGGAGCCUGUAAAAUCUGACUUGUCUAAACUGGAAUCUGUUAGAAUCAAAGUACCAAAGGAAAAGGGGCUUUCAAGCCAUGUUGAAGUGGUGGAGAAGGAGGGCAGGCUUAAAGCCAGGAAGCACCUCAAGCCUGAGCAAGCUGCGGAUGGGGUAAGUGCUGUGGAUCUGGAGAAGCUGGAAGCAAGGAAAAGGCGCUUUGCAGAUUCCAGUUUGAAAGCGGAAAGGCAAAAACCAGAGGUCAAGAAAAGCAGUCCAGAGAUGGAAGACGCUCGUGUGCUUUCAAAAAAGCAGUCUGACACAUCCUCUAGAGAGGUCAUUCUGCUGAGGGAAGGAGAGGCUGAAAGAAAGCCUGUGAGGAAAGAAAUUCUUAAGAGAGAAUCUAAAAAAAUCAAACUGGAUAGACUUAACACUGUUGCCAGCCCUAAAGACUGUCAGGAGCUUGCCAGUAUUUCUGUUGGGUCUGGCUCAAGGCCCAGCUCAGACCUACAAGCAAGACUGGGAGAACCAGCAGGUGAACCUGUGGAAAAUCAAGAAAUCCAAUCAAAAAAAACCAUUCCCUCAAAACCACAGCCCAAACAGCUGCAGCUAUUAGAUGAUCAAGGAUCAGAGAGAGAAGAAGUUAGGAAAAACUAUUGCAGUCUUCGUGAUGAAACACCUGAACGUAAAUCAGGCCAAGAGAAAUCACAUUCAGUAAAUACUGAAGAAAAAAUUGGCAUUGACAUCGAUCACACGCAGAGUUACCGAAAACAAAUGGAGCAGAGUCGUAGGAAACAGCAGAUGGAGAUGGAAAUAGCCAAGUCUGAGAAGUUUGGCAGUCCUAAAAAAGAUGUAGAUGAAUAUGAAAGACGUAGCCUUGUUCACGAGGUAGGCAAACCCCCUCAAGAUGUCACCGAUGACUCUCCUCCCAGCAAAAAGAAAAGGAUGGAUCAUGUCGAUUUUGAUACUUGCACCAAGAGAGAGAGGAAUUACAGAAGUUCACGCCAAAUCAGUGAAGAUUCUGAAAGGACUGGUUGUUCUCCCAGUGUUCGACAUGGUUCCUUCCAUGAAGAUGAGGAUCCCAUAGGCUCCCCUAGGCUAAUGUCAGUAAAAGGGUCUCCUAAAGUAGAUGAAAAAGGCCUCCCCUAUUCUAAUAUAACAGUCAGGGAAGAGUCUUUAAAAUUUAAUCCUUAUGAUUCUAGCCGGAGAGAACAGAUGGCAGAUAUGGCCAAAAUAAAACUAUCUGUCUUGAAUUCUGAAGAUGAACUAAAUCGUUGGGACCCUCAAAUGAAACAAGAUCCCGGCAGAUUUGAUGUGAGUUUCCCAAACAGCAUAAUUAAGAGAGACAGCCUUAGAAAAAGGUCUGUACGAGAUCUGGAACCUGGUGAGGUGCCUUCUGAUUCUGACGAAGAUGGUGAACACAAAUCCCACUCACCCAGAGCCUCUGCGUUAUAUGAAAGUUCUCGAUUGUCUUUUUUAUUGAGGGACAGAGAAGAUAAGCUACGUGAGCGAGAUGAAAGACUCUCUAGUUCUUUAGAAAGGAACAAAUUUUACUCUUUUGCAUUGGAUAAGACAAUCACACCAGACACUAAAGCUUUGCUUGAAAGAGCUAAAUCCCUCUCUUCAUCUCGAGAAGAAAAUUGGUCUUUUCUUGAUUGGGACUCCCGAUUUGCCAAUUUUCGAAACAACAAAGAUAAAGAAAAGGUUGACUCUGCCCCAAGACCUAUUCCAUCCUGGUACAUGAAAAAGAAGAAAAUUAGGACUGAUUCAGAAGGGAAAAUGGAUGAUAAGAAAGAGGACCAUAAAGAAGAAGAGCAAGAGAGGCAGGAAUUGUUUGCGUCUCGUUUUUUACACAGCUCAAUCUUUGAACAAGAUUCCAAGCGAUUGCAGCAUCUAGAGAGAAAAGAGGAAGACUCUGACUUCAUUUCUGGUAGGAUCUAUGGGAGGCAGACAUCUGAGGGAGCAAACACCACCAGUGAUUCCGUUCAGGAGCCAGUAGUUCUGUUCCAUAGCAGAUUUAUGGAGCUCACACGAAUGCAACAGAAAGAAAAAGAAAAAGACCAGAAACCCAAAGAGGUUGAGAAACAGGAAGAUACAGAGAAUCAUCCUAAGACCCCAGAAUCUGCUUCUGAGAAUAAAGAAUCAGAACUAAAAACUCCACCUUCCGUUGGGCCUCCCAGUGUCACAGUCAUAACUCCAGAAUCAGCCCCAUCACUAGAGAAGACCACUGGUGACAAAAUGGCAGAGGCACCUUUGGUAACAGAAGAGAAGACUGUGGAGCCAGCCACUGUCUCAGAAGAAGCAAAGCCUGCAUCUGAACCGGCUCCUGCCCCUGUGGAACAGCUGGAACAAGUAGACCUGCCUCCAGGAACAGAUCCCAAUAAAGAAGCUACCGUGACACCAGCGGGUGUUGAGGAAGGUUCAUCAGGUGACCAGCUGCCUUAUAUGGAUGCCAAGCCUCCAACUCCUGGGGCCUCGUUUUCCCAGGUGGAGAGCAAUGUAGAUCCGGAGCCUGACAAUACCCAGCUACUUUCGAAACCAGCUCAGAAGUCCGAGGAAGCCACUGAGCCAAAAGCUGAAAAGCCAGAUGCCACUGCUGAUGCCGAACCUGAUGCAAACCAGAAAGCCGAAGCUGCUCCUGAGACUCAGCCCCCAGCUUCUGAAGAUUUAGAGGUUGAUCCUCCAGUUGCUGCCAAGGAUAAAAAGCCAAACAAAAGCAAGCGUUCCAAGACCCCCGUUCAGGCAGCUGCAGUGAGUAUCGUGGACAAGCCUGUCACAAGAAAGAGCGAGAGGAUAGACCGGGAAAAACUCAAGCGGUCCAGUUCUCCUCGGGGAGAAGCACAGAAGCUUUUGGAAUUGAAGAUGGAGGCAGAAAAGAUUACAAGGACUGCUUCUAAAAACUCUGCUGUAGACAUUGAAAAUCCCGAACCAAGUUUGCCUCUCAGCCGAACAAGGCGCCGGAAUGUAAGGAGCGUCUACGCAACCAUGAGUGACCACGAAAACCGCUCUCCUGUCAAAGAGCCUGUUGAGCAACCAAGAGUGACCAGAAAAAGAUUGGAGCGAGAGCUUCAGGAGGCCGUGGCGGUUCCCACCACUCCUCGGAGGGGAAGGCCUCCAAAGACACGCCGGCGAGCUGAUGAAGAGGAAGAGGAGGCCAAGGAACCUGCAGAAACACUCAAGCCACCUGAGGGAUGGCGGUCCCCACGGUCUCAGAAAACUGCAGCCAGUGGCGGCCCCCAAGGAAAAAAGGGAAAAAAUGAACCAAAGGUGGAUGCUGCACGUCCCGAGGCCAACACUGAGGUGGGCCCCCAAGUAGGCGUGAGAGAGAGCCCCAUAGAACCCAAGGCUGCUGAGGAGGAGGCAGCAAGUGAACAGAAAUGUGACAGAAAAGACAUCGGCACAGAUAAAAAUCCUCCUGAAGCCGCCCCUAUCGAAGUUGUAGAGAAAAAACCAGCCCCUGAAAAAAACUCCAAAUCAAAGAGAGGAAGAUCUCGCAACUCCAGGUUAGCGGUGGACAAAUCUGCAAGUCUGAAAAAUGUGGAUGCUGCUGUCAGUCCCAGAGGAACUGCAGCACAGGCAGGGGAGAGGGAAGCCGGAGUGGUGGCCGUCUCCCCAGAGAAAAGUGAGAGUCCCCAAAAGGAGGAUGGGUUAUCCCAAUUGAAAAGUGAUCUAGUUGAUCCAGACAAGGAACCAGAGAAAGAAGAUGUGUCUGCCUCUGGGCCGUCCUCAGAAGCGACGCAGUUGGCCAAGCAGAUGGAGCUGGAACAGGCUGUGGAGCACAUCGCAAAGCUCGCUGAGGCCUCUGCCUCUGCUGCUUACAAGGCAGAUGCACCAGAGGGCCUUGCCCCAGAGGACAGGGACAAGCCUGCACACCAAGCAAGUGAAACAGAGCUGGCUGCGGCCAUCGGCUCCAUCAUCAAUGACAUUUCUGGGGAGCCAGAAAACUUCCCAGCAGCACCUCCACCUUAUCCUGGAGAAUCCCAGACAGAUCUGCAGCCCCACGCACAGGCGCUGCAGCCUUCUGAGGAAGGAAUAGAGACCAAUGAGGCUGUGUCUGGCAUCCUGGAAACUGAGGCUGCUACAGAAUCUUCUGGGCUACCAGUCAAUGCUCCUGGCCCCUCAGCAGGCCCAGCAGAUACCAAGGAAUCCAGAGGAAAGAGCAGUGAAACCUCACACUUGGUGCCGGAAGCCAAAGGGUCUAAAGAAGUGGAAGUUGCUCUUGUUCGGAAAGAGAAAGGGCGCCAGAAGACAACCCGAUCACGCCGCAAACGGAACACAAACAGGAAAGUGGUGGCUCCUGUAGAGAGCCGUGUCCCUGAAUCUGACCAAGCUCAAGGUAAGAGUCCUGCUACAAAUGAGGAGACGACAGUACAGCACACUGAAGCCCCACAGGAGGAAAAGCAGAGUGAAAAACCCCAUUCCACUCCUCCUCAGUCAUGUACUUCCAACCCAGGCAAGACUCCAUCUACAGAGAAUUUGUCCCAAGAAAUCAGUGUUGAGGAAAGGACUCCAACCAAAGUAUCUGUGCCCCCAGACCUUCCCCCAACACCCCAGCCAGUGCCAGUGGAUGAGGAGCCUCAAGCCAGGUUCAGGGUGCAUUCCAUAAUUGAAAGUGACCCGGUGACCCCACCCAGUGACCCAAGCGUGCCCAUACCCACACUGCCUUCUGUAACUGCAGCAAAGCUCUCACCUCCUGUUGCCUCUGGGGGGAUCCCACACCAGAGCCCGCCUACUAAGGUGACAGAGUGGAUCACAAGGCAGGAGGAGCCACGGGCUCAAUCCACCCCGUCUCCAGCUCUUCCCCCAGACACAAAGGCUUCUGACAUUGACACCAGCUCCAGCACCCUGAGGAAGAUUCUCAUGGACCCCAAGUAUGUGUCUGCCACAGGUGUUACUUCCACAAGUGUCACCACGGCCAUUGCAGAGCCUGUCAGUGCUGCCCCUUGCCUACAUGAGGCUCCGCCCCCUCCAGUUGAAUCUAAAAAGCCUUUAGAAGAAAAAACAGCAGCUCCAGUGACUAACAACUCUGAGACACAAGCCUCGGAGGUGCUGGUCGCUGCUGACAAGGAAAAGGUGGCUCCAGUCAUUGCUCCCAAAAUUACUUCUGUUAUUAGCCGGAUGCCUGUCAGCAUCGAUCUAGAAAAUUCACAGAAGAUAACCCUGGCAAAACCAGCUCCUCAAACCCUCACUGGCCUGGUGAGUGCCCUCACUGGCUUGGUGAAUGUCUCCUUGGUUCCAGUGAAUGCCCUGAAAGGCCCUGUGAAGGGCUCGGUGACCACACUGAAAAGUUUGGUAAGCACCCCUGCUGGGCCUGUGAACGUCCUGAAGGGGCCUGUGAAUGUUCUUACGGGGCCAGUGAAUGUUCUCACCACUCCAGUGAAUGCCACGGUGGGCACAGUGAACGCCGCCCCAGGCACAGUCAAUGCCGCUGCAGGUGCAGUGAAUGCCACAGCAAAUGCAGUGACCGUCACAGCGGGUGCAGUUACUGCCGCAUCUGGUGGUGUGACAGCCACAACAGGCACGGUGACGAUGGCAGGGGCAGUGAUUGCGCCAUCAGCAAAGUGUAAACAGAGAGCGAGUGCUAAUGAAAACAGUCGUUUCCACCCAGGAUCCAUGCCUGUCAUCGACGAUCGUCCGGCAGAUGCGGGCUCAGGGGCGGGGCUGCGUGUGAACACUUCCGAAGGGGUUGUGCUCUUGAGUUAUUCAGGGCAGAAGACCGAAGGCCCACAGCGGAUCAGUGCCAAGAUCAGCCAGAUCCCCCCAGCCAGUGCAAUGGACAUUGAAUUUCAGCAGUCAGUGUCUAAGUCCCAAGUCAAACCCGAUUCUGUCACAGCAUCGCAGCCUCCAUCCAAAGGCCCUCAAGCUCCUGCAGGCUAUGCGAAUGUGGCCACCCACUCCACACUGGUACUGACUGCCCAGACAUAUAACGCCUCUCCUGUGAUUUCAUCUGUGAAGGCCGAUAGGCCAUCCUUGGAGAAACCUGAGCCCAUUCACCUCUCCGUGUCCACACCUGUCACUCAGGGAGGCACGGUGAAGGUUCUCACCCAGGGGAUCAACACGCCCCCUGUGCUGGUUCACAACCAGCUGGUCCUAACCCCAAGCAUUGUCACCACGAACAAAAAGCUUGCUGACCCCGUCACCCUUAAAAUCGAGACCAAGGUCCUUCAACCGGCCAACCUGGGGUCCACGCUCACACCCCACCACCCUCCUGCUCUGCCCAGCAAACUGCCUACAGAAGUGAACCACAUCCCCUCAGGGCCCAGCAUCCCAGCAGAUCGAACUGUCUCCCAUUUGGCAGCUGCAAAGCUAGAUGCUCAUUCUCCUCGACCCAGCGGACCCGGGCCGUCCCCAUUCCCAAGGGCAAGCCACCCCAGCAGUACCACAUCCACUGCGCUCUCCACCAACGCCACGGUCAUGCUGGCCGCAGGCAUUCCAGUGCCCCAGUUCAUCUCCAGCAUCCACCCAGAGCAGUCUGUCAUCAUGCCACCCCACAGCAUCACCCAGACUGUGUCCCUGAGCCACCUUUCCCAGGGCGAGGUGAGAAUGAACACUCCCACGCUGCCCAGCAUCACCUACAGCAUCCGGCCAGAAGCGCUUCAUUCUCCUCGGGCUCCGCUGCAGCCCCAGCAAAUAGAGGUCAGGGCCCCACAGCGUGCCAGCACCCCACAGCCAGCCCCAGCUGGUGUGCCUGCACUGGCCUCCCAGCACCCUCCUGAGGAGGAAGUGCAUUACCACCUUCCCGUCGCUCGAGCCACAGCCCCUGUUCAAUCAGAAGUCCUGGUCAUGCAGUCUGAAUACCGGCUGCACCCCUAUACCGUGCCGCGGGAUGUGAGGAUCAUGGUGCAUCCACACGUGACGGCAGUCAGUGAGCAGCCCAGGGCCACGGAUGGGGUGGUGAAGGUGCCACCAGCCAGCAAGGCCCCUCAACAGCCUGGGAAGGAAGCUGCCAAGACACCAGAUGCCAAAGCUGCCCCCACCCCUAGCCCUGCCCCCACCCCCACCCCUGUCCCCGUCCCUGUCCCUGUCCCUGUUCCCGCCCCUGCCCCUGCUCCUCAUGGUGAGGCCCGCAUCCUCACAGUCACCCCCAGCAACCAACUCCAGGGGCUGCCUCUAACCCCCCCUGUGGUGGUGACCCACGGGGUGCAGAUUGUGCACUCCAGUGGGGAGCUGUUUCAAGAAUACAGGUACGGCGACAUCCGCACCUACCACACCCCGGCCCAGCUCACACACACUCAAUUUCCUGCUGCUUCCUCUGUUGGCUUGCCUUCGAGGACCAAGACAGCUGCUCAGGGCCCUCCUCCUGAAGGUGAGCCCCUGCAGCCUUCUCAGCCCGUGCAGUCCACACAGCCUGCCCAGCCCGCACCACCCUGCCCGCCCUCCCAACUCAGCCAGCCCGGCCAGCCACCAAGCAGCAAGAUGCCUCAGGUGUCCCAGGAGGCAAAAGGGACCCAGACAGGAGUAGAGCAGCCUCGCCUCUCAGCUGGACCUGCAAACAGGCCACCUGAACCUCAUGCCCAGGUUCAGAGGGCACAAGUGGAAACAGGCCCGACUUCCUACCCCUCCCCCGUGUCUGUCUCGAUGAAGCCUGACCUUCCAGUCCCUCUUCCUGCUCAGACUGCCCCAAAACAGACGUUGUUUGUCCCAACAACCUCUGGCCCCAGCACCCCACCAGGACUGGUUCUGCCACACACUGAGUUCCAACCAACCCCCAAACAAGAUUCCUCUCCACACCUGACUUCCCAGAGACCUGUGGAUAUGGUUCAACUUCUGAAGAAGUACCCCAUCGUGUGGCAGGGCCUGCUGGCCCUCAAGAAUGACACAGCUGCUGUGCAGCUCCACUUCGUCUCUGGCAACAACGUCCUGGCCCAUCGGUCCCUGCCCCUGUCUGAAGGAGGGCCCCCACUAAGGAUCGCCCAGAGGAUGCGGCUGGAGGCAUCCCAGCUGGAAGGGGUUGCCCGAAGGAUGACGGUGGAGACAGAUUACUGUCUGCUGCUGGCUCUGCCCUGUGGCCGUGACCAAGAGGAUGUUGUGAGCCAGACUGAGUCCCUCAAGGCUGCCUUCAUCACUUACCUGCAGGCCAAGCAGGCAGCAGGGAUCAUCAACGUUCCCAACCCUGGCUCCAAUCAGCCCGCCUAUGUGCUGCAGAUCUUCCCACCCUGUGAGUUCUCCGAGAGUCACCUGUCCCGCCUGGCCCCUGACCUCCUUGCCAGCAUCUCCAACAUCUCUCCCCACCUCAUGAUUGUCAUUGCCUCCGUGUGAGCUGCUAAGCAGUCACCACCUCAGUGAAUCAAAACAAAGGACAACCCAGCCAAGCAGAGGAAGAAGCUGCUGAAGGGGAGACUCCACUGCCAGACGGCCAGCCUCGCUGUCCGGCCGCCCGGCUCAGUCGGACAGACUUCCUCUGGGAGUGGUGCUGCUACCUUGUAUGUUUACAUGAUGCUUUAGCCCAAGGACACAUCACCAACCAAUGGACUUGCAGACACCCUGGGGCUGGGUUUCUCUCUCCUCUUUUUGGAGAAAAAGAACAGGGCAGUGGAAUAAAAAUUUUUUUUGUUUGUUUUUAAGAAACAAGAAAACAGAACUGCCUUUGCACUAAAUUAGUGACUUGGACUUUUGCCCAGUGAAGACAGGCUGUGACACUCUGGAUGUCUCAUAUGUAGACACACAUCGUGGACUCAACGCAGGAAAGACUUUAAACUUCUGCAGAGACCUUGGGGUCAAGGAACAUUUCAUUGGGUUUUUCUGUCCCUCCACAUCUCCCUUGCUCAUUUGGAUGCAUCACCUUAAUUCUCCUGCUACCACCGUCUUUGAUUCACCGGGAUGUACAGUUUACAGUUGAAGAGCAAACAGAAAGGUUUUCUCUUGGUGGGAUAUGCAGAACUUGGGAUGUGUGUAUAUAUAAAUAUAUAAUAUAUAUAAAUAUAUAUAAUACUGACUGAAAAAAUCCAAUCCCCCGACAUACAUUUUUUUUAAUCUGUGCCAAAAAUGUGUUUUCAGAGGAAAUCUUAUUUUCAUAUUCAGACUUUGUAUUGCCCACUCAUUUGUAUAAGUGCGCUUCGGUACAGCACGGGUCCUGCUCCCGCGAUGUGGAAGUGUCACACGCCACCUGUACAAAAAGACUGGCUAACCCCUCUUCCUAUUACCUUGACCUCUCCCCCAACUUCCUAACACUUAUUAAUUUAUGAAACUGUUUUUCUCAGCGCAGUUUUGUUUUGUGUGUCCAUUGGAUUACAAACUUUAUUAAAAAAUAUAAAACACA